AUGCGGCCAAAUAAGUCAAACACUGUUUUCAAUCUGUUUGCAAAGGAAUGGCUGAAGGAGCAUGAAGGGGAAUCACAAGAUCAGUUCCAGGCCACAUGGGAUGCUCUACCCCAGGAACAAUGCAAGAGAUUUGAAGACGAGAGUGCAACUGCUAUUGCUGCAGUAAAAGCAGAGAAGGUGGUGGCAAAACAGGCACAGAAGGCAUUGAAAUCCAUCGACAAGGACUCCAAGAAGGCUUCGCAUGCACCAGGCAAGGUGAAGGGUUGA